AUGAGCGUUGAGCAGGAGAGUGCCGGAAAAUUUACGGCCAUUCGACUGACAGAAAAUGAGCUGAAGAAGGGCGCCGGUGCUUCAUUCUGCGAAAUAUGCUCACGAACAUUUGCGAAUGGCAAUGCAUAUCGGUUUCAUCGGAUCAAAAAGCAUGCUAUUAUCGGUGACGAGCGUGACUUGGCGCUAUUCAACUGCACACCGCUUUCCGCAGGAGCCGAACGGCGUUACUUUUGUCCAGCCAGCGACUGCCGGUACAGCAGUGGUCGUUAUUUCCGAGCUUACAAACUUCUUCGCCAGCAUUUCCUCAAAGUUCACUGUGAAAAACAAUUCAGCUCUCGCAUGCCAUCAGCUGAGAAGGCCACUCAGACGUCAGACGGUCCAGUAGCAGCUUGCUGUCAUGCUAGCUCACAAACGGUUCAGCGCAGUAUUCCUGAAUUUUUUCCACCUGUACGUCGUACACAUUGUCGUUUUCGGAAAUGCCAUUUACAGUAUGUCGAUGACAUCAUUUUUCUGUUCCAGAUAUUUCAUGAGCAGAACGAUUUUCAUUGCCAAACGCGCAUUGCAAGUGGGGUUGAGUUCGGCACACAAAUUUCUCCGGAAGAUGUGGAUUCAAUCUCUGUCAUGCAGCAGCAGCAGCAGCAGCAGAACGCUAAAACGCAUGACGAUUUCGAAUUUGAAGACAUUUGGCGUCAUAUUGAAACCCAGACCCCCGCAUUCACCGGUAAUGAUGUUCUGACGCAGACAGCUAUUGAUUUUAUGGACAGCGCAAGCAUGACUGACUGGAACUUGCUCAUAUCAUAG